AAUGUGUCCGACAGAAACGACUAAAACAAAAGAAAACAUGAACGUGAACUUUGAGAACUUCUGCUUUGACGUUGGUUACAAAUAUUAACUUGUAUAAUUAUUUACACGCGAUUUCACACCAGUUUCAGCAAAGAAUGGUAUCCUGGAUAUUUGUUGUGUUUUUACUUAAAGGAGCGGCCGCGGAGGAAAUGGUGAACAUCCCAGGAGGAAAAAUGUUAAUGGGAACCAGCGCAGGCGAUGGGAGAGACGGAGAGUCUCCCACCAAGGAGGUCGAGGUGCAGCCUUUUAAAAUAGACAGAUACCCCGUCACAAAUGCCGAUUUCAGAGACUUUGUGAGAGCCAAGAAGUACAAAACUGAAGCCGAGACGUUUGGCUGGAGUUUUGUGUUUCAGGACUUUGUGUCAGAAGAGCAGAAGAGCAAAGUUACCCAAAGGAUUGAGUCUGCUCCUUGGUGGCUGCCUAUAGAGCGAGUAUUUUGGAGACAGCCUUCAGGGCCUGGUUCAGGCAUUCGAGAUCGUCUGGACUUUCCGGUGGUUCAGGUGAGCUGGAAUGAUGCUCAGGCCUUCUGCAGCUGGAAAGGCAAGAGACUACCUACUGAGGAGGAGUGGGAGUGGGCUGCACGUGGGGGGCUGCAAGGUCGGACCUACCCAUGGGGAAACAAGUUCCAGGCCAACAGAACCAACCUGUGGCAGGGAUUGUUUCCAGAUGGAGACAGUGCAGAGGAUGGAUACCAUGGCAUCUCUCCUGUUACAGCUUAUCCUCCCCAGAACAGUUAUGGACUGUAUGACAUGAUGGGAAAUAUAUGGGAGUGGACAUCCACACCCUUUCCAGCAGCAAGGCCGAUGUAUGUGCUGCGCGGUGCCUCCUGGAUUGACACACAGGACGGUUCAGCCAAUCACAAGGCUCGAAUCACAACCAGGAUGGGCAACACUCCUGAUUCUGCUUCUGACAACCUCGGAUUCAGAUGUGCUGCCAGUGAUGGACAAAAACACAGGAAGAAAAAAGAAAAGGCGGAACUAUAGCAACAAACGGGCGGCCACAAAUAUGACUCAAAAGGACAGCAGCGUGGAUUUGAACCAGCAGCGAACAGUCACGAAUAAUCAAUCUGAUUACUUCACGUUUACAACAAGAUGGAUGCAAAAUAAGACUAAAUAAAAGUGAAUGACUAAGAGGAAGAAAUGUAGUGAAUAUUAAAGGUGAAACAAACUGUAUUUCUCCUGUGGAGAAUUUGAUAAAGAACAA